ACGAGGUCGCUGGCGCUCGGGCGGAGCGGGCUUCGCCUGUGCCGGCCGGCGGGCGCGGCGUUGGAUCCGUCAACUUACUGCGAGAGCGCGGUGUACAGCCCGGACGUGUGCCCCAACAUGAUCGCAGCGCAGGCCAAGCUGGUGUACCAGCUAAACAAGUACUACACGGAGCGGUGCCAGGCGCGCAAGGCGGCCAUCGCCAAGACCAUCCGCGAGGUGUGCAAGGUGGUGUCGGACGUGCUGAAGGAGGUGGAGGUGCAGGAGCCGCGCUUCAUCAGCUCGCUGAGCGAGAUCGACGCCCGCUACGAGGGCCUGGAGGUCAUCUCGCCCACCGAGUUCGAGGUGGUGCUCUACCUCAACCAGAUGGGCGUCUUCAACUUCGUCGACGACGGCUCUCUGCCCGGCUGCGCGGUCCUCAAGCUGAGCGACGGCCGGAAGCGCAGCAUGUCGCUCUGGGUGGAGUUCAUCACAGCCUCGGGCUACCUGUCGGCGCGCAAGAUCCGCUCGCGCUUCCAGACGCUGGUGGCACAGGCGGUGGACAAGUGCAGCUACCGCGACGUGGUCAAGAUGAUCGCCGACACCAGCGAGGUGAAGCUGCGCAUCCGCGAGCGCUACGUGGUGCAGAUCACGCCCGCCUUCAAGUGCACCGGCAUCUGGCCGCGCAGCGCGGCCCAGUGGCCCCUGCCCCACAUCCCCUGGCCCGGGCCCAACCGCGUGGCCGAGGUCAAGGCCGAGGGCUUCAACCUCCUCUCCAAGGAGUGCUACUCGCUGACGGGCAAGCAGAGCUCGGCCGAGAGCGACGCCUGGGUGCUCCAGUUCGGCGAGGCCGAGAACCGCCUGCUGCUGGGCGGCUGCCGCAACAAGUGCCUGUCGGUGCUCAAGACGCUGCGCGACCGCCACCUCGAGCUGCCCGGCCAGCCGCUCAACAACUACCACAUGAAGACGCUGCUGCUCUACGAGUGCGAGAAGCACCCCCGCGAGACCGACUGGGACGAGGCGUGCCUGGGCGACCGCCUCAACGGCAUCCUCCUGCAGCUCAUCUCCUGCCUGCAGUGCCGCCGCUGCCCCCACUACUUCCUGCCCAACCUCGACCUCUUCCAGGGCAAGCCCCACUCGGCCCUCGAGAGCGCCGCCAAGCAGACCUGGCGCCUCGCCCGGGAGAUCCUCACCAACCCCAAGAGCCUCGACAAGCUAUGAUGCCCCC